AUGAAGGUCUUCGUCCCCGCAACCGUUUUCUGCCUUGGUUCGGGUGUCUUGCUCGCUCUUGCGGAGCCAGAUGUUGAUUGCCAAGGAGAGUACGGCCCGUGGUCCGUGUGCGAGCCUUUGGAAGGCCAUGCAACUCACCAUGACAACGAGGACGACUUCAAGCUCGAUCGCGGACCAGAUGGAGAAUUUAUCGGUGAUUGCUUCCACUUUCAGACUUACAAAAUUGUAGUGCCUAAAAGCGGAAAUGGGCGUGAAUGCUCUCGUAGAGAGGGCUCCAAACGCUUCAGAUACUGUGACGACUGCAGCAGGAUCCCCUCCGUACACAAGCGCUUGGAGGCCCAACAAGCAACUGACUCUCUCCAUACGUUUACCAUCAUCGCCGGGAUUUUCUGUCUGUUCACAAUGGUAGCUCUGACAGCCCUAUGCGUGCGAAAAGUGUUGAAAGAUACGUCAGCUCGGUCAGAUCAGGUCACUCUCUACUCUUCUGGCCCUUCGAAUUCAACUACUCAACAGCGAUAUCCCUCUGACACGCGAGGACCACAUACUGCUCCAACAGUUACCAUGACUCCGGAAUACCCGCGCCACUCAGCGAAAACCAUCACUGCGGAAGCUGACCGUAAUACUGAAGCUGGUGAUUCUGAAUACGGAGCAUAA